AUGCUUCAUAUUCUUCAAUAUGGACGUUUUGCAAUGAAGCCUGCGGAGUCGCAAAAUAGCGACCUAGCCGGAGCAUGUAGCGAGUCACGUGACGACCGCUUCACGUCGUGUCGACUUGCGUCCGACCUCCUCCACCAUCUGGCCUCGUAUACAGGGAGUGCCGCGGCACGCCUUUGCAUGUCAUUUUUAUCCCGACCACCAUCCUUUGGUCAUGAGAGCUGGUUUGGGCCGUCCACCCAUGAGCCAGGCUCGCGGUCGGGCGCCCCGGGUCCAGCCUCGCUGCUUUGCAGCCGCGGGGGUUCCCCAACCUUCACCGGUCCGGGUCUCGUGGCCGACGCGGACGAUCGUGCAGAGGAUAAGUUUUCUCCACUAUGGUAUUACGCCCGUAAACACGUCCCUACCUGGGCGAUAUCUAUAAUUGGUCAUAUUAUAAGUGAAGCCUGA